GCCGUUCGGUCCCCGCCCCACCCGACGGCCCGCCCCGCAGGUGAAGCAGCCGCCGAGGAGGUGCGUGAAGAUGAUCUCAUUCGCGCGCUCCGCGCCGGGAGGAGGAGGAGGAAGAGGUGGAGGAGGAGGAGCGGGAGCAGAUCCCACUUCCGGGUAGUGCAGCCACACGCCACCGGCGUCUUGCUUCUUCUUCUCCCCCCUCCCCCCCGGUGCACCCCGCGUCUCUCCCUCCUUCCCUUUUCUUCCCGGCCCCACCUGCCAAGAUGAACAGCUCGGACGAGGAGAAGCAGCUGCAGCUCAUCACCAGCCUGAAGGAGCAAGCAAUCGGUGAAUAUGAAGACCUUAGAGCGGAGAACCAGAAAACAAAGGAGACGUGUGACAAAAUUAGACAAGAACGUGAUGAAGCUGUUAAGAAACUGGAGGAAUUUCAGAAAAUUUCUCACAUGGUCAUAGAGGAAGUCAAUUUUAUGCAGAACCAUCUUGAAAUAGAGAAGACGUGUCGAGAAAGUGCUGAAGCUCUGGCAACAAAGCUAAAUAAAGAAAAUAAAGCCUUGAAAAGAAUCAGCAUGUUGUAUAUGGCCAAGCUGGGACCAGAUGUAAUAACUGAAGAGAUCAACAUUGAUGAUGAAGAUUCAACCACAGACUCAGAAGGUGCUGCAGAGACUUGCGUCUCAGUCCAGUGUCAGAAGCAAAUCAAAGAACUUCGAGAUCAAAUUGUAUCUGUUCAAGAGGAAAAGAAGAUGUUAGCCAUUGAACUGGAAAAUCUCAAGAGCAAACUUGUAGAAGUAGUUGAAGAAGUCAAUAAAGUUAAACAAGAAAAAGCUGUUCUAAACUCUGAAGUUCUUGAACAGAGAAAAGUUUUAGAAAAAUGUAAUAGAGUGUCUAUGCUAGCAGUAGAAGAGUAUGAGGAAAUGCAAGUAAAUUUGGAGCUUGAGAAGGACCUUCGAAAGAAAGCUGAGUCAUUUGCACAAGAGAUGUUCAUUGAACAAAACAAGCUCAAGAGACAAAGCCAUCUCCUGCUUCAGAGCUCUGCUCCUGAUCAGCAGCUUUUGAAGGCUUUAGAUGAAAAUGCAAAACUCACCCAACUCCUGGAAAAGGAGCGAAUUCAUCAUCAGCAAAAGGUUAAAGAAUUAGAAGAGAAACUAGAAAAUGAAACCCUCAACAAAGAGAUACACAACCUCAAACAGCAACUGGAGAUUCUAGAAGAAGAUAAAAAAGAAUUGGAAUUGAAGUAUCAGAGUUCUGAGGAGAAAGCCAGAAAUUUAAAGCAUUCUGUUGACGAACUUCAGAAACGGGUGAACCAGUCUGAGAACUCAGUACCUCCUCCACCCCCUCCACCACCGCCUCUCCCUCCGCCUCCUCCCAACCCUAUCCGAUCCCUGAUGUCUAUGAUCCGGAAGCGAUCCCAUCCCAGCGGCAGUGGUGCUAAGAAAGAAAAGGCAGCUCAGCCGGAAACAACUGAAGAAGUCACAGAUCUGAAGAGGCAAGCAGUUGAAGAGAUGAUGGAUAGAAUUAAAAAGGGAGUUCAUCUGAGACCAGUUAAUCAGACAGCCAGACCCAAGGAAAAGCUGGAAUCUUCCAAAGGCUCUGAAAGUGCAGUGAAUGAACUGAAAGGAAUACUGGGGACACUUAACAAAUCCACUAGCUCAAGAAGCUUAAAAUCCCUUGACACUGAAAACAGUGAAACUGAGUUAGAAAGGAUUUUGCGCCGCAGAAAGGUGACGGCAGAAGCAGAUAGCAGUAGUCCAACCGGGAUAUUAGCCACCUCAGAGUCCAAAUCCAUGCCAGUGUUGGGUUCUGUAUCCAGUGUAACAAAAAGAGCCUUGACCAAGAAAACUCUGGAGGCAGAAUUCAACAGCCCGCCCCCCCCAACACCUGAGCCAGGUGAAGGGUCCUGUAAAUUGGAAGGAUGCACAAGUUCCAAGGUUACAUUUCAGCCUCCCAGUAAUGCUGGAUGCUGGACACAAUGCAUUGGCAGUGAAAAACAAGCUGAACCGGUUGUAGUUUUAGAUCCUGUUUCCACACACGAACCCCAAACCAAAGACCAGGUCACUGAAAAAGAUCCAACUCAAGACAAGGAGGAUGAAGGCGGAAUGAAACCAGAAAACAAAGAAGCAAGCAGUGGAAAAAUUAGAGAUUCCGACAGCUCCAGCUGCUGAUCCAUAACCGUGAAGGCUGAUAUGCGUGGAAGCCAUUUUCAAUAAGCACAUGAUCAGUUCAGGAUUGGCAAGGGCUAUUGACAUUCUCUUCUUAUCACUGUAUUCAGAACACAUUUCUUUGCUGAUGUUGCUUUUGUAAGUAGUUCAACCCUAAGCUAGUUAGCACAAUCUAUAGCCUAAGUAGUCUCUGUUUGUUAUCUUGAUAGGGGUAAGGUUUUUCAUAAUUACUACAUCAAACAUGACUUCCCUUAGAAGGUUACAGAAAACGCUUUUCGAUAAUGUGCAUACUGCUCAUCAGAUGUAUUGUUGAAAGUUUGUGGUACUUGUAGACCAUUGGAUAAAUAUCACUGAUCAAUGUAAUGUAAAAGGUUCCCCACAAGUUUCUGUUUGGGGUCUGAUCCUCUUUUGAUGGGGAAACUGCAGUAGCAUUGCUCAGCACUGUGGCAUAUGAAUGACUAAUAGAUUGAUGGAUUGAGAAGAUACAGGAGCUGCCAUGAAACUAGUGGUCCUAUGUCAAUGUUAAUCACACAAGUCCUUCACUACAGGAUGAAAAUCACUUGAUACUGACUGUGUGCAAAGCACCCCAAAGACUUUGAUUGGUAAUGCACUAGUGGCCUGAAUGCAGAAUUGAGGUGAAGUCCAAACCUCGAAAUUAGAGAAUAUUUUCUUGGCAAACCAUGUGCUCUCUACUAUAAGUUAAUUAUGUUUUUUUUCCAUCUACUAAUGUAGCACAAGUACCAUAUUUUGUUACAGUUCUUAGGUACAGUGAAGCUAAGUGACAAGCAAACAAUUUUCUUGCUUCACUGCUGUUCUACAUUACACAGGUUUGUUGUUAUUUAUUUUUUAAGAAAUUAAGUGGUAGUUAGUCUCUUAAAGUACAAUAUUUCAGGCUCCCAUGGCGAAUAAAUAGAAAUGUAAUCAGGGAUUUUUUUUAAACUUAUACAGCUUUUCAAAGUCAAUUGUUUCAAAAUUGGUGUUUAUUUAAAAUAAGUGGUAAUGUACUUGAAUGCAUUUUUUUAUGACAAUGAUUCCGUAAUGGUAAUUUUACUAUUAAAGAAAGUGAAAGGUUUAGUUUUGUUAGCAUGGCUCAGCAUGUAGCUGUCAGGUGUUUCUCACCUAAGGGUAAAAGAAAAUGAUAGUAAUAAUUGCAGUAGUUGUGUUGUGUUUUAUUUUUGCACGUGUGCUAAACGUAGGCUGGACGAGGUGGGUAGGCAGGUAAAUGUACUUCCUAAAUUUGGAGAUAAUUAUCUUUUUGUAGGUCUGUUACACUUGACUAUUGCCAUGUUCUUCCUGUAAUGAUUUUACAGUAACUUAACAGUCUCCUCGUGGGGAAUUAAAAUAUAAUGUUUUCAACUGUAAUUUUCCCUAAUUGAAUAAUACUGCUAUAUUAUAGACUAACCACAAACUGCAUUAAUUCACUUAAAUUAAUUGUUAUGCUGUGAUUUGAACUCUUUUCACCACACUUAUUAAAAAGCACCAAGAGUUUCUCAUUCA